AUGGCUUCAGCAUCGAAUUCCGGGCUUCAUUCUGCAUCUGCUUCCUCACAGUCUCUGCUGCCGCCCAAAGACGAACAGAUUGAGGCUUUGAAGGCUAUUGGAGUGGACGAAGUUGUCCUUGCAAUCAAUUACCAGCCUGAGGUGAUGCUGAAUUUUCUGAAAGAUUUUGAGACAAAGCUUGGCAUCAAGAUAACAUGCUCACAGGAGACUGAGCCACUUGGAACUGCAGGUCCCCUUCCUUUGGCGAGGGAGAAGCUGAUAGAUGGUUCUGGGGUGAGCCAUUUUUCGUUCUCGACAGUGAUGUGGAGAGGUUUGUGGAGAAACAAAAUUAAUGCUGGCAUUUACCUACUCAAUCCUUCCGUUCUUGAUCGAAUUGAGCUAAAACCCACUUCAAUUGAGAAAGAAAUUUUCCCAAAGAUUGCAGCAGCGAAGAAGUUUUAUGCUAUUGUUUUACCUGGGUUCUGGAUGGACAUUGGACAGCCAAAGGAUUAUAUUACUGGGCUGCGACUCUAUCUUGACUCAAGAAAGAAAUCAUCAUCUAAACUAGCUUCCGGAUCUCAUAUUAUUGGAAAUGUUAUAGUGGAUGAGACUGCUAAAAUUGGAGAGGGUUGCUUGAUUGGACCUGAUGUUGCAAUUGGCCCUGGUUGUAUUGUUGAGGCCGGUGUGAGACUUUCCCGCUGCACAGUUAUGCGGGGAGUGCGCAUCAAGAAACAUGCCUGCAUCUCCAGCUGCAUCAUCGGCUGGCACUCAACUGUUGGGCAGUGGGCUUGCGUGGAGAACAUUGACAAUUUUGGGAGAAGACGUUCAUGUCUCUGA